UCACAGCGCGCUACGUCGCUCCGCGGAGAGCAUUGGAGCAAAAUGAGCCGAGAAAGGGGCCGGGCUUACGAGCUCACAGACCACAACCUGAGUCGUGCCUUUUGCAAUCAGUCUACAACGGUGUUCAGUGACAGAAACACGAAGGUUUGAUGCAAAGUUACGAUUGGUCCUUGUGCUUUCGACCCGAGCUGCGUCCUGUGCUUCUGCAAAACGCUGUUUCUGCGCAAAGAAGCUUGGCUUUUCAACUCGUCGGACUGGAGUUAAUCCGCGUCGGCGUGCGCAAUGAUGGCCACUUACCAAAGUCCGGAGGAGGACCCAAUGGCCUUAAUGAUCCAUGACACCAACACGACCAAGGAGAAGGAGCGGCCCAAAGAGGAGCCGGACCAGGAGAAGGCGGCAGAGAAGCCGGACCCGUCCCAGAAACCGCCGUACUCCUACGUCGCUCUCAUUGCCAUGGCCAUCCGGGAGAGCGCAGAGAAGCGCCUGACUCUGUCCGGUAUAUACCAGUACAUCAUCACCAAGUUCCCCUUCUACGAGAAGAACAAGAAAGGCUGGCAGAACAGCAUCAGGCACAACCUGAGUCUCAACGAGUGCUUCAUCAAGGUUCCGCGGGAAGGUGGCGGCGAGAGGAAGGGGAACUACUGGACCCUGGACCCGGCCUGCGAGGACAUGUUCGAGAAGGGGAACUACAGGAGACGGCGCAGGAUGAAGCGGCCUUUCCGACCCCCGCCAGCGCACUUCCAGCCGGGGAAGGCCUUGUUCGGAGGGGACGGCUACGGCUACCUGACCCCACCCAAGUACCUGCAGUCCAGCUUCAUGAACAACUCCUGGUCGUUAGGCCAGCCGCCCACCCCGAUGUCCUACACGUCCUGUCAGAUGGCCGGCGGCAACGUGAGUCCGGUGAACGUGAAGGGGCUCACCGGCCCCACAUCCUACAACCCCUACUCCCGGGUGCAGAGCAUGGCGCUGCCCAGCAUGGUAAACUCUUACAACGGCAUGAGCCACCACCAUCACCCGCACCACGCGCAGCAGCUGAGCCCGGCCACCGCGGCGCCUCCCCCGGUCUCCUCCAGCAACGGAGCCGGCCUGCAGUUCGCCUGCUCCCGCCAGCCCGCCGAGCUCUCCAUGAUGCACUGCUCUUACUGGGAACACGAGACCAAACACUCGGCGUUACACACGAGGAUUGAUAUUUAAACUCUACCCGCUGGGACUGUUCUCUGUACAAAUGAAGACUCUGAGAGUUGAUUCCAGUGAUUUCAAAACAGAACCAACAGUAUUUUUUUUUUAAAGAGAGACCGUUCCGAUGAGCUUUUUUUGUUUUGUUGGGUCCAGCUGAUGGGAAAGCCGAUGGAGAAAUAUGAGCUCUAACUGAGGGAGAGCGUUUCACAAAAUGGAAGUGAUCGGCGUACAGCAGGUAGCACAACCUUCGGACUGAUGGCCACCGGCUCUAUGCUUUGUGUUCACCGUGACACACACACAAACAAAAAAAAUAGUAUGCAUUUGUUGCGGGCUCGCUGACCCAACUCCAGGUGCAGCUAACUUUUUUAGUGUGCGUAAAGAGCUCCUUUACGCACGGCUUCGCUCAGAUUGUUUCCUGAUGAGACGAGGGUGUAAGAUGCCCUGUUGAAACCAGUGCUUGAAUCUGUAAUUAGACCGGGGUCCGUUCUGACCUAAAAUAACCUGCACAGAGCAAGGCCUGCACAGUUAGUCUUAGUCGGGGGAAAAAAUGUUGUUGGCUUUAGAAGGUUUCGGGAAAAGAUCCAUCAGACGUCCAAAAAAAACAAAAACAAAAGAAAAAUACAAUUCAGGGCUUUAAUCUCUUCAUUACAUGUUUGUAAAGAUGUAAAUUGUAGUAUGACGCCAGUCAGUGCCAGGUUUUGUUAAUCUUUCUAAUUAUUAUAACGUGUUUUCUAAAUAAAUGUGAUUAGAUAUGUCUCAUUCAUGUUGGGGCCAUGUUACAUCUUAAUUAGCACUUUGCCCUGUUUUUUUUUUUUUUUUCUAGGUUUGUGAAUUGCUUAAUAAACUUGUAUUUCUAAAAAGAA